UACUUAUUGAAGAAAGUAAAUUUAAAAAUACACUCAGAAGAAAAAGGAAAAGAAAAAGCUGAUGAGGUAUGAGGUGCAGUCUGUAGUUGACCAGUAGGGGGCCUCGGCUCCUUGCUGUGUCGUCCUCAGUCUCCUCCCCAAGUGUGAGAGUAGGAGUGAGUCGUCCCCUUCAGCAUCUAGUGAAGCCGUGCAGUGGGCGGCAGCUCUCCCAUGAGGGCAAACAGGGAUAGGCUGCUUAAGACACUCCCCUGGCUCUGAGUGGUGCAGCCAGCCCUUAGCCACACCCACCAGGCUGAGGAGGAGGAGGAACACAGUGGUGCCCGAGCUGAUCCCUUCAAUCUUCCCCACAGUGUGGAGCAGCCGGCAGCGCGCACACACACUCACACACUCUCACACAGCCACACACACUCACACUCACUCUCGCACACACACUUGCGCGCGCAACAAAGCAGGCAGUCGAGGGAGGCGGUAAUAAAGGAAAGAACAUUACAGAGGAAAAACAGCAUUGCUGCACUUGGACUUUUCGGAUACUGCAGUCUGCUUGGAGUUUGUGCCGUUUCCUGUGUGCCUCGUAACCUCACGGCUCACGUCUGGUCCUUCCUGCAGAGGGUUUGAGUCCUGUCAGCAACGCGUGCAGAGAUCCAAAUCCGACGACUGUCUACAUUGACGCUUUGUGCAUCCGCCAGACGGGAACAAAGUGUGCUACUGGGAUAUCUGACAAGCUCCUUUGGGAACCAACGCUGCACCAACUGUCAGAGAGAAAGAGAAAGAGUGAGAAAGAAGGAGCAAAAUAGAUAGAAAAAGAGAGAGUCAAAGUCAGGGCAUGAGCAGGAGACUAAAAGCCGGUUUUCUUGAGAAGUGAUCGCCACAGUGCCCCCUCCUCUUCCCUCACCUCCAUCCUUCUGUCUCUCCUCUCUCUUGUGCCGCUGCUCCUUCUUUCUUCGUGCACACCUCCGCUGCUAUCCCAUCCUCGUACCUCCGCUCUCCUUCCAUCACCUCCUCCUCCCCUGCUCCCAAAGACGGAGUGAAGAGGAGAGGCACGGCACACGCACACUUGCCUGCGUGCCGUAUCAUAUCAUUCUCUUUUUCCAUCCUUCCUCCGGCUCAGUCCUUCUCUUGGAUCUAGCCUCUAGCCGCAGAACCACAAGCAAAGGCUUUUGAGUUGUUGGAACCCACACGCGAGUCUCUGUAUCCAGCCACAGCCAGAACGAUUCCAGCUACAUGGGCAAACGCUUGGAACAGCAACCAAUGUACCCCCAGUACACUUACUAUUACCCUCACUACCUUCAGACUAAGCAGUCUUAUGCCCCGCCCCCUCCUCCCAUGGCUCCGCCCAGCCCCAGCACCAAUAGCAGCAGCCACAGUGCAGCGGAGCAGCUCAGUAAAACCAACCUGUACAUUCGGGGCCUUCCGCCGGGCACCACUGACCAGGACCUCAUCAAACUCUGCCAACCGUAUGGAAAAAUAGUGUCAACAAAGGCAAUCCUGGACAAAAACACCAACCAGUGCAAAGGCUAUGGCUUUGUGGAUUUCGACAGUCCGGCGGCGGCACAGAAAGCUGUAGCGUCCCUGAAGGCCAGUGGCGUGCAGGCACAGAUGGCAAAGCAACAGGAGCAGGACCCCACUAACUUGUACAUCUCGAACCUCCCGGUUUCAAUGGAUGAACAGGAGCUGGAGAACAUGCUGAAGCCCUUCGGACAUGUCAUCUCCACACGGAUACUGCGAGACGCCAACGGGGUCAGCCGAGGGGUCGGCUUCGCAAGAAUGGAGUCCACCGAGAAAUGUGACGUGGUGAUUCAACAUUUCAACGGAAAGUUCCUCAAAACCCCACCAGGAGUGCCAGCUCCGACCGAGCCGCUGCUUUGCAAGUUUGCAGACGGAGGACAGAAAAAGAGGCAGAGUCAGAGCAAGUACCCUCAAAACGGCCGACCGUGGCAUCGGGAAGGAGAGAGUGGCAUGGCGCUGACCUAUGACCCCACUGCAAUGCAGAACGGGUUCUACUCCUCACCAUACAGCAUCUCCACAAACCGCAUGAUCGCCCAAACGUCAAUCACUCCAUUCAUCGCUGCCUCUCCUGUCUCCACAUAUCAGGUCCAGAGUACGUCGUGGAUGCCUCACCAACAGUACGUUAUGCAACCUACGGGUGCUGUGAUAACGCCAGCCAUGGACCACACCAUCUCCAUGCAGCCCGCUAACAUGAUGGGCCCCCUCACCCAGCAGAUGAACCACCUGUCCCUGGGUACCUCUGGCACUUACAUGACUGCGGCUGCUGGUCCUAUGCAGGGGACCUACAUUCCCCAGUACACUGCGGUGCCUGCCUCAGCUGUCUCGGUGGAGGGAGUGGUGACGGAGGCUUCUCCCCAGAGCAUUCCGGCCUCAUCGCAGGAUGCCAGCGGUCAGCAGCAGCCUCUGGGCAUGGACAACACCAGCGAUCACGCGCCCACCUACACUUUUCAACCCGCUAAAUAACCAGAGGAGGAGGGGGGCGUUGGGGUGACUGCGUUGCCUUGAGACUGGGGGACUGCAACGAGGGAACAUCGAAGACAGAGCGCAAGAGAUAGGAAAACACGUUUGUGUCUACUUUUGCACAAGCAUCUUAAAAAAAACAACUACAACAAACAAACAAUUUAUUUAACAACUGGCCCACACUAGAGGACCUUUGGAGAACUCACAACCAGACCGGAAAUGAGAGAAAUGCAGUCUGGGAGAUCAAGCCUACUGUUAAUCGGCUACCCGAAGAACUUUACCUUCAUGAAGUGAACGAAUUCAAACAAGUACAAGUGUUUCUUUUUUUUUUUUUUUUUUUUUUUUUUUUUUUGAAUGUGCAGGUAGGUUUUCAGAAACAGUGGGGUUUUCUAUUAGACGAGGAAGCACGUUCUGGUAAAACAAUGAGAGAAGGAGCAAAAGAAGUCUUCCUCGGAUUCUAAGCUACUAUUACUUUUUUUAUGAGUUAGAUUUUAGUUUUCUAGAGAAUAUCAAUGUUUUUUCAUCUUUGUUGCCUUAAUUUCAAGAAACAUCUAAGACUUUUUCCUGUUUGAACUGAACAGACUGAUGAAUGCAGUGAAAAUGACCUGAAAAAGAAAGGAAAUCGCCUGUAAAAAACAUAGAAAGAAAGAGAGUGAGAGGUCUCCUGGAGACGUUUUAAAUUAUCAGUGGUGACUUUGUGUUUAAAAGAGAGGACAGACAAAAAAAAAUAUUGUGGUCAUGAUGAUGAUGAUUAAAGAGAGUUGCAUUUUUUAGAAACAGAGGGGAAAAAAAAUAAUCCACUGCAUCAUGGGAAAUGCAGUUUAUUGUGUAGUGCAGAUCAUUUUUAAUGGCAUUAUUGUUUUUAUCUGCAAUAUUUUUUAUGAGCUUUAAGGUGUUUUUAGCCUGCUUUGCUUGUUUCAUUGCGAAAAAAAAAAUAGAAAACUAAAACAGUAAAAAAAAAAAAAAAUGGCAGUGCAAAUCUAAAUAGAUAAGAGCUUAUGGAUUAAAUCAAAAUGAGAAAAAAAAAAAGCAAAUGUGUGCAAAAAGCAAUAGUAAUAGGAAAUUGUUGACAAUUUCUUUAGUCUUUCUUAGAUGUGGAUCAAAUGCAGCCCAUGGAUGGAAUAUUUUAUACCAAAGAUGAAGAAACCCCCCUCAAGACAGUGGAGUGGAUCUUUUUUUUUUUUUUUUUUUUUUUUUUUCUAUUUGAGAUUUUUUGGCAUAAUCAUUUGAUUUCUGAAGUAUCAAUUUGACCUUGACGGCCAAAUUGGUACUUUAGGGUUUAAACUUCCUUCCACUGUUGCAGAAUCUAUGUCAAUCGUUCAGUUGAGAGGCAGAAAACCACCAUCACUGAUUGGUGAUGAGUGUGAUCUCCCCACCAGAGGGGGCCAGAGAGCGGCUGAACCAUCAAUCUUCUCCUAUCUGCCCCGGCUGAAUCAACUAUACCUCUGUCGCUUCACCUUCUCAGUCGCUAUUAAACACGUCGCACGUCCGUUCGGUUCCAGGCCAUUUUAAUCAUUUCAGCUCAACAGGAAAGGAAUCAAAUCACUCAUUAGUGUGUAUUUAAAUUCUGUGUACAGAUCACUACCUCAUCGAAAGCAAUUUUACCAUGAGGAAACACAGGAGAAUGUGUUGCAGGCAAGCGGCAACCUUCCGGUCUCUCUCGUGAAACCAACACCGAAGUGACUAAAACUGCAGUUCAUCGACUGGCCCCUAGAGGCUGGCUCCAAAAGUGAGUCAGUCCCACAGACUCCCCAAGGCCCAAAUUUACAGCAGAAAAAAAAAGGUUUUAUAACCUGGUACAAAAAGUGGUUUUGGCCUAUAUAGCAAAUAAUGUUGACAACUGUAAGGGGGGGUGAAUUUUUUUAUAAUUCAUCCGUUUAAAUUAUAUUAAGACUUAAAUUUCUGCAUACUUUAGGGCGUGGCCACUUGAGUGACAGGUGGAUUGCCGCUGCUGUCGCCACCGCUGAGGAAAGGUGGGCGUGAUUUCAUUUUCAUUUUCGAUUAUCUGGGAGUGAUGCGCGGUGACAUGAUGUCAAGAUGGCGACGGCCGGCUCCGCCCACUUUGGGCUUCAAAAACGCUCUUCAGAAACCUACGGGUGACGUUAUGGACACUAUGUCCAUAUUUUUAUACGGUCUAUGGUUGCAGGUCAUGAAACACAAACUUUCCUUCAGGGGCACUGAGAAACGUUCGCAAUUAGCAGCAUUAGCAUAAUAUGUUGUUCUGAGCAUUCCCGUCGGUAUUUGCAGUCGCGUCAGUCGAAAUGCCUCAUAUUAUAUGCAAGGUUUCCUCAAUCAACCGGAUGCCAUAGGAAAUCUCUCGUGAAAAUGACAGUCUUUACUUGAAGAACAAAGGCUCUGUCCCAAAGCCCAUGCGACCGAAGCCACAUUUUGGUGGCCUAAAAUCUCGAACGAGACACUUUAAGGUUUCGUGGAUGCAGAAUGACCAUCGCGAAUACACUCCGAAUAUACACCAUUUGGGACAGAGCCUGAGGUUCCCAUCACCGUGGGAUCCGGCGGUUGCUCAGGUGCCUUGACAGCUCGGAAUUAGGGUUAGAAAUAUCACGUGUGAGAUUUGUGAAAUCUGCAUUCUUUUUAUCAAGCUGCCCAUUCCAGAGGAGGGGAAACUAGCAAACAGAAGAGUAGAAAGGGGAAAUAUUAGUCCAUCCAAAGAUAAAAGUUCUGUCAGAAUGAAGAACAAUGUUAACCAAACCUUUUCGGUUCCCGUUGACUUGCACUGUAUGGGAAAAAGAUACAAUAAAAGCCAAUGGGACCUGAAACUGCCCGGUUACCAAAAUUCCUUCAAAUGUUUUCUUUCAUAUUUUGCAGAAGAAAGUAAGUCAUGUUUGGAACAACAUGAGUAAAUGACAGAAUUUUCAUUUCUGGACAGACUAUACUUUAAGAUAAUAACAAGGCUGCUGUCCUUUAUUUGCCAUGAAGUAGAUGUUAUUUUGAUGCAAUUUGAUAGGAAAGCGCUAUAUUAACAAAGACUUUCAAUACACAUGGUGAAUUAUGAACUGUCUUCGCUGCCGUCAUAUGGCUCAUAAAUACACCUCCUAGAUUUACAGUCGGGUAAUUAGAGUUGUCGAGGUGCUCUGGGAAUAAAUUAAUCUGUCAUUAAAGGUCCAACGAGAGACUUUGAACAUCAUCAUGAACGCUUUGAUCUACCCCCCCCCCUCCCCCCACUAUUCUUACAACAUGAGCGCUAUACAACUACGUAAUGAUCUCAAUUAGCCACUAGGGGACAGUAUUAAAGCAAAGUUGGUGUACUUUAUCCUCUGUAAUGACCAUUGCAGUGAGAUGACACUGUGGAUUCAAGCGAUGCCAAGUUCAUAAUGACCAAGACAGCACUGCUUCAGUGAAGACAACAAGCUAGCUUUUCAUUUUCAGCUGUAAAAAAAAAAAAAGUCACUGUUUUGUGUCUGUUAUCCACUGUCUUUUUGGAGAGUUCUUUUUAUCAUGUGCUCGCUGCUAUCAAGCAUUCAGUAUUUAAGUGGUCAGGGCCUGGGGAAUGGAAAGGAAAUUCAGGCUGGGGUGACGUCGUGAGCGUUAUACACUCUGCAGCCUUCAUGCUUUUCAUUAAAGAGUGAAUAAAUGUGUCCGAUUAAGCUGAAGGUUUUUCUAACUGUAGGAUGGAGUUCUCAUCCCAACUGUAAUUUAGUAAGCUAAACACCUUUCAUCCACUCGAAGGUUUUCGCUGGCUAGAAACUCUGUGCUCGCAUUCAUUGAAUGUGCGGUCCAAGCCAUGCAUUUUUAUCUGUACAUCUGAUUGGCUGUCACGGUUGAGGUCAGUGAAUGACGAAUGUUCGUUUAUUCGUUCGUUCAUUGGACUGUCAGGAAACAGCGUACUACGUUCAACCAAAUUCAACACAAACGGCAAAACCUCAAUUAGACACUAACGUACUGGCAGAUGAAAUAGAGAAAUAUUUAUGGAAAUGAUUUUUUUUUUCUUUUUUUGUACAGGUGUUGUUGAAAUAUGAAAGCGGGACAGUUUUACGAUGCUACAUUGAUUUCUUGAGUUGCUUCACUUUCUUGCCUCCCAUGUGCUCGAGCUGUGAUCCUGAGAGUGUCUGUAGACCAGUGGAUGUUAGGUUUAAACUUCUGUUUAUUUUUUCUUUUGAUGAAGCUUUCAAUAAAAAAAUCUACAAAAUCACGCCA